CUGCGCGAGUCCAACAUGUCUGUGGUCUACCCCACUCUCCUGCUCUGCGUGUACGGCUUCUUCUCCAACCUGCGACCGUCGGAACCCUUCCUCACCGCGUACCUGAUGGGGCCGGACAAGAACCUGACAGAAACCCAGAGUCGGUAAGCGAUAUCCAAUCACAAGCGGUCAUUCAGGAGAUGUCUUCAUGCAAGUUGUGAACUGACAGACUUGGAGCUGACAACUUGUAAUCACCUCACUAAGGAUGGGUUUGUUCCUAAACGUCAUGCAUGGAGGUCGUCAAUGAAAUCUACCCAAUAUGGACCUAUUCCUACCUGGUGUUGCUGUUUCCCAUCUUCCUGGCCACUGACUACCUCUGUUAUAAGCCUGUAUUGAUUCUACAGGCCACCAGCUUAAUAGUGACCCAUGUUAUGCUGCUGAAGGCACAAGGCCUCCUGGCCAUGCAGCUCCUUGAGUUUUUCUUUGGGCUGGCCACAGCCUCGGAUGUGGCCUACUACUCCUACAUCUACAGCGUGGUGGAGCCGGCACACUACCAGAGAGUGACUGGUUACUGCCGGAGCAUUACUCUGUUUGGCUUAGCUACUGGAUCUCUGAUCGGUCAGCUCCUGCUCUCCGUGGCCAAAAUUCAGCUGCUCCACCUCGUCGUUAUCUCGCUGACGUCGGCCUCGGUGGCAUUUGUUGCUCCCUGGUUUCUGCCCAUGGCCAAGAGGAGCUUGUUCUUUCACGAGAGUCCAGGAGCAGUGGAGGAGAGGCCGCGGAGCAACAGCACAACCUCGCUGGAGAAAGUGCCGCUGAACACCCAGGACGCCUCCAUGAUAUCUGGGCCCUCGGGGAAAAGAAGCGAAAGCAGGGGUCUGGUGGACGUGCUGCGGUUGUUGUUCGAUGACUUCCUGCAGUGCUACAGAUGCCGCCCUCUGCUGGCGUGGUCGCUGUGGUGGGCUCUGGCCACCUGCGGCCACUUCCAGGUCGUCAACUACGCUCAAGCACUUUGGGAGAACAUUCGUCCAUCCCAUGACUUUGAAAUCUACAACGGCUAUGUAGAGACACUGUCCAUGCUACUAGGGGCCCUGGCAGCUCUGCUGGUGGGCUACCUGCCUGUGUGCUGGGCUCUGUGGGGGGAGCUGGUACUGUGUGUCCUCUCCCUGCUGAUGGCCGUGUGUGUGUUUGUCAUGGACAUGACGGCGAACAUAUGGAUGUGUUACGCAUCGUACAUCCUCUUCAGAGCCAUAUACAUGCUGCUGAUCACCGUGGCCACAUAUCAGAUCGCAGCCAGUCUCAACAUGCAGCGCUACGCUCUGGUGUUUGGAGUGAACACCUUCAUGGCUCUGCUGCUGCAGUCUCUGCUCACUGUGGUGGUGGUGGACUCGGCUGGCCUCGGCCUCGAUGUCUUCACUCAGUUUUUCAUCUACGGUGGCUACUUUGCUGUCAUCUCGUUGAUCUUCCUCAUCGCUGGACUUUACAAAGUGGCCUCCAGGAGGCGCUUCGAGCAGGAGGUCCUGUCUAACAGCCCAGCAGAAACAGAGUCAGACUCUCCUCCAAUCAGUGCUGCUGCUGAUAGCGCAUAGUGAUAUAUAGACUGUCAGGUGCUGAAGCAGCAGAGGUGAGUGAGCACAGAGACUUCACAAAGUGAGCUUCACUUAUCUCUCCAGCCUCAGUUUCUUUAUUGUGUCAAAGUGUAAUGUGACACAGUAGAGGGGAGAAGCUCAAUAUAAACUUAUUAAAAUGCUUCUAGCUAUAAUCAUCCACAUUGAUGGAACUCUAGAAGGAGCUGACACACACCCAGUAUUGAUGUAUUAUCAUUGUUUUGUUGUUAUGAGUAAUGUGUUACACUUGCACAUCCAGCACUCAUGGAGAUGAGCUGGUGUGGACAACAGACUGUUUACUAAAACAAGCAUGUUACAGUGAGUUUAUUACAGUUGGUUCCCUGAAAACAGCUGUCUGCUGCUACAGGUGACUUAUUUAAUGACUAAAAGCACUUGAUGAUGGCACUGAGACAGAGUUAUUCAGUAUAAUCAAAACAAUGAGCAGGUUCACUCGUGAAGGACCACUUUCUCUUUGAAUUCUAAUCAUUCGACCACACUUUGCUGAUCAUAGAGAAUGCUUCGUCUGCUGUAAGUCACACAGUUUUACAAAUGUUCAGAUUUGUAAAUGUCUCUCUCCCAGCUUAUUGAAGUCGAUGCCUUAUGCUCUUCAGACUACUGGUGACAAAGCAACAGGCUGUGAGUCAUUCCUUUCAAUGGAAGCCGGUGAUGUGAAGUUUGAAAUGACACUUAGUGCUGCUAGAUGUGCUACAAAUCAAAGUUGAGCUGGUCUUAACUCUCAGUAGCAACUCGGCAACAGUGUAGCUGGCUGCAUCAGCCUUUGUCUCAUAGUUUGCACAUUAGAUUUGAUGUCGAAAGCUGAAAAACACAAAGAAUGUUUCCUUCUCAGGACAGCUGUUCCUGUCUGUGUUACAUACACCAGCCAAAAAGAUGUUUAUAUUUAUAUUUAUUUAUAUUCAUAUAUAUAUAUAUAUACCUAAGUAUUAGCACUGAUAAGCAGUAUCAGUAUCAAGGCUUAUUAAUAACCUGUCUGUAAUGAACACAAUGCUGUUGAAGCUUGAAAUGUUACACCUGCACCAUGUUUGCCAUGGUUAGGCUGCUUCUUUCUAUAUAAUUAUAUUCCAUACAAGAUUCUUUUUUAAAGCUAAAUGACCCAUUAGUGGGUUUGGACAAAAUGCCUUAAAAGAGCAAAAGUACCUUCAGCUGCUUCGUCUUUAAAAGACAAAUGUGUAAACUUGUUAAGAGUUUAGUUUGUUGCUGUCAACAAAUCCAAUGAAAAGACCAAAACUGUCAAUAUUUGAAUCCGUUAAUACGCGUAGUUUAAUACUUUGAUUUAUUUGUAAUGUGAACGUGGUAUGCCACACCUAGUAAACUCUUAAGCCUCUGACAUAGCUGUGGUUUGCAGCUUCACUGAGCAUUUUGGGCAGCAAGAGGGUGUGUGUGAAAAUUAGUCAAAAUAUACCAAAGUGUGCAGGAUCAUCUUGAUGGUGGAACAUGACACCGAGUGCACCACUGAUGGUAUUAAAAAAAUUGGGAAAAGAAUGGAGCUUUGGGCAAGAAGCUGAACCCAAAAUUGCUGCCGCUGGUUGGCUAGCAGCACCAUGUUUGGUAGCCUGUGCCUUCUCUGUGUGUGAAUGGGAAAAUGAGGCGUAAAUUGUAAAGCGUUCUGGAUGAAGGCUCUUAUAAAUGCUAUCCAUUAGCCAAAGCUUUAUAAUGCCUAUUCCUUUUUCUACUGACCAAAUGUUUUGUCACCCACACACAGUACUUGUACUGUAAAAAUCAUCUAGGCUAUGUGCCAGCCUCUAGUUGUCAUUUAUAUCAUAAACUAAUUAAUGUCUCUCUUAAUAUCGGUACAAAUAAACUGACACCAGUGGUGGAUUAGCAACUUUUGCUAUCUGUAGCUCUUAAAUAAAGAAUACCUUAUUUGCUCUGCAGUACAAUCAUAAGAUAAAGUAGACACAGACUGAAAACAGACUGAAACGCUUGGACAGGGGUAGAGCCAGUGUCUUGUUAUCGGAAGGUCGCUGGUUUGAUUCCCCUGGUCUGCAUGUUUAAGUGUCCUUCAUCAAGAUUCCUAAUUCCUUACUGCCUCUGAUGUGCAUAGGCUGGGCCUUGCAUGGCAGUCUUUGCCCUCAGUGUAUGAAUGUAUGUAUGAAUUACUGUAAGGUGCUUUGGAAGAAAGUCUGCUAAAUGUUCUAGUCUCUCUGUGCUUAUGACAAUUUGUUACAAAUUACGUCAUUUGCCCAUGCGUUUUCCAAUCAACAAGCAAACCAAAUAGCUUGAAUAAAUGUAGAACUUUAAUGUCAGUUAAUCUAUUGUAAUCUGUCUUAUUCAGUCAUGUUUAGAUGCUUGUAUGUAUAGUAAGAAUUUCAAAAUACUAGGUUCAUUAACUGCAAAGAUAAAAAUGUCAAACACUGAAUUUGAGUAUCACUGUUAUUUAUCUGAGCACUUAUUUGUAAUUUUGAAUGACAAUUAUAAAGACGAAUUUCUCUCAGCAUUAAAAACAGAUUUUAUACAUUUGGCCUUUGCUGUGUGAAAUGGUGCCUCUCCUCCUCUUCCUGAGUACUAUGUAUCCUGUAUUCUGUCUAUCCAUUUCUUUUGACAUCAUACUUGACUCGUAGUGAAUUGUAUGAGAGCCGGGCUUUGUGUAAAUGUGUUCAUUCUUCACUUCCGUUAGAUUCUUUGCACUAUUUUUAUACUGUGUCUUACAUGAAAUUCUGUGUGUGUAGUCAUCUGCCAUACAUAACACAAAAAACAGGAUUCUUUGGCAAAACUUUAUGAUUUCUUUGUGAUAGUAUUGCAUAGAGACUGUCCUGUAUAUCUUUUAAAUAAAGAGAUGACAUCACUUUUUAAUGUUUUGUUUUCUGUGUGUACUUGCUUAGUCACAGUGUAAACAUGCUGAUGUGUAGCAUGUUAAAAUGUCAUCAUUUGCUAAUAAUUACGAUACCCAAAGUAAAGCAGAGGCUCAUGGUAAUAUCAUUAGGUCCAGUCAAGUCACAAAUCAAGCCCUAAACUUUUUUCCUCCGACUUCUGAACAAAUCUUUCUCCGUCUGACUGCUGCUUUGCACUGGCAAACACAUCUUCCAUCACGAUCAAAUAACCUGAUUUGCUGUCGUCAGGCUGAUUUAAAGUUUACCUGCAGAAAUUAGUAUUCAAAAGUUAAUCUCUGAGUUUGGAGAUUAAGUUAAGUAAGAGAAUAUAUAUGAAUGGUAAAUAAAAGUGAUGAGUGGUGAUGGCAGGCUGAUGAGUCUAACAUGAGAGAAGGCUGCCAUCUACAGGGAGACACUGUAGUUCUGCAUGAGAAGAUGCAGAAGGAAAAAAAAGACUUGCAUGAGACUGAUGACGGACACAAAGACGUUGUUGUCCUUUUGGCUACAGUUUAAUAGUUUGGAUACAAAACACCUGGAGCAUAACUGAGAAAUGUAAUACACAAUAACAGCCUGCUGGUAAAAAGGAUGACAUUGAUUCAAUUAGCUGUGUCUCUGCUGGUCCUCUAUGACUAAAGUUCAGUUAGAAACUA